CUCUUGGUGUCGACUGUCGAUCGAAGAGCGAGUGGUGUGAAGUUUUUUUUAGGAUCUUGGGAAAGAAAAUUUCACCCAAGCCGAGUGAAAAAACGCAAAAAUCGACCGGAAUUCGGUGUGCAAAGUGUAAAUAUUCGCCUUGGUCGCAGCAGGACGCGGUUUGCGUUUCGGACUAACCGGAAGCAGAGACGAUUCCCGUCGAACGUCGGUGCGCCGCGGAUGGAUUUUUCUUUGCGGGUCCCGCGAGAGAGUGACGACGACGGUGAAAAAUCGGCGGCGGGUUGGUGAAAAAGUGUAGUGCCGAUCUUCCUCCUGGGCGACAAGAAGUGCCGUUUUCUAGCUGGCCCGAGGGUGUGUGGAACCCAUUUUGGUUCUGAUUUUGUUCCGCUGGGGUGUGUGCGAGUGGAAAUUUGCGUUCCGAUUCCUGUGGGUUCGGAAAAGAAGGCUGCUGAAAAAGUGAAGAAAGAAGGGGAAAAAAACGGCAACGGCGACGACGACGGUGCGAAGGAACAGAGAAAAUAAAAGUGGAGCUCUGACUACUCUUGAAAGCAGUACCAGCAGCAACAACAACAACUAGCAGCAGCGGUAGCAAGAAGAAGGAGCAACAGCAGCAGCGGAAGGAAAUUACUCUCGAAUCGCGAGUUUCUUUUUCUUUCGGCGUGCCAUUUAACCGGACUUCGGAGUCUCCAGGACGGAACAACCCAUCGGAACAUUUUUUUUUUAUCUCUCUCUUAACCCGGGGCAAACGGCGUUCGGCCGGCCUGGAAGGCAGCUAAAGCAAGCAGUUCGGAGUUUGGCUCCGGAACCAGCGAGACAGCGACAACGACAACGGUGAGAAUUGCAGAAUUUUAUCCGGCACGGGACGGAGGAGGUUGCCUUGUGCGGAAUUGAGUGUGUCUAGUAGAUCUACGCCUAGUUUGUUCGCCCAAAACGAGUCAUAUUUGUAUCGAUAAAUAUAGGUAUUUUUCGGUCGCGCCGCGAGUGAGUGCCUCCUGUGUGCUAGUGUCCAAAUCAAUAUCGGCGCUCUCGGUAGUGCACGGUUCAGUGGAAGAAAAUUGGAUUUCAUCGAAGACUCAGGCGCCGACAGAAGUUUUCCCGAGGAUUACAGGCUGCCAGUCGGAGAUUCGCCAAUAAAUAGGAGGACAAAAAACAGCCUCUCAACCAUCAUCAUUAUCAGCCAGCGAUCGACGAGAAACGAUCUCUAAAUUUGCACUCACACUCUUAUCACCGUCACCGCUUCGAACGUCACCGAACGUCAAUCGCUUCGCGCUUCCCACCGAUCAUCAUCAUCCGAGACAGAAAGAAAGAAGGUGCGUCAAACCAGUGGCGGCCGGCGGUGGCAACGGGAUGAAUCGUCGAAAACCAAUGCGCUUGCGGUGAUUUGUUGAAGAGCGAAAAAAAAAAUAAAACGGCAUAUCGCAUUACUGCCGCGUACCGUCGUGUGUCUGCCUAUAUUUUGAUUUUUGAGUCCAUAAAAUUAACCGCUUCAACGCGCCGCGCCGUUGUGUUUACAUUUUCUAUUGUGGAAAUGUUUGACAGUCGGUUCGCGGGUUAUUUUUUACUGUGAUAAUAUGUUUGGAUUUGGCGAGAAGAGCAAAUUAUAGCCGACGAAGAAGAAAAGGCAACCUCCUUUCGUCCGGAAGCCGAGUGUUUGAGAAAACAUGCGUAACACGUGAAAAGAAGAAAGUGCAUGGGAAGAGCAAGAAGUCAUUUGAUGAUUGUAUCAUAUUGAAAGUUAGUUAUUUAAUUGAAGGAAGUGUGCAGUGCAAAACAAGCCGAAAUUGAUCAUUCACAAUUUACCUUAAGAAGCAAAAGUGAUAGCCGCCCGAGAUAGGAAUCGACCAAGUAUUACCCAAUCCAUCAAAUAAAAGUUGAGACAAGAAGAAAAAUUUAUCUGUCAAUCAGGAAGUCACGAAUCGGUCUCCGACACGUCAAUCGUCUACCGAGAAGCGACAGAGGCGAACGAGCAGCAAAAGGGAAAUCGAAAAAUAAAAACACACACACACAAUCGCUACGUGAGCGUGUGUGUGCGCGUGUGUUUGUGUUCCGUAUGCGUGCUCGGGUGCGUGCGUGAGUGUGUGUGAGUGAGCCCGCAAACCACAAUCGUCGCGUUCGCUACUACUGCUGUACAACCACAACAACCACAAUAACCGAUUGUGCAUCAUAAUAAUAAUAAGAAGAAGAAGAAGAAGGGGAGAGAAGAAAGAAGAUCCAUCGUCGUCAUCAUUGUCAUCAUUAUCUCCUAAAUCACCAACUCAAACCCGGAAAGAGCGAGAGAGAGAGAAAGAAAACAAGCAAGAAGAAAAGAGCAACAACUAAUACUACUGUUACUACUACUACUUCUACUACUACUGCUGCUACUACUACUACAGUGUAACAAUGUCGUCCGGAACAUUCGUCGAUCGAAUCGAUCCGUUCGCCAAACGUUCGCUCAAAAAGAAGGGUAAAAAAUCUCAGGGUUCAUCGCGGUACCGGAGUUCACAGGACGUCGAGCUGCAGCAGCUGCCGUCGCUAAAAGUGGACUGUUCCAGUUUAGAGCAGGAAGAACUAUUCAUCCGGAAGCUGCGACAAUGUUGCGUCUCGUUCGACUUCAUGGACCCGCUGUCGGAUCUCAAGGGCAAGGAAAUCAAGCGGGCGGCGCUGAACGACCUGUCGGCAUACAUCACACACGGACGCGGUGUGCUGACGGAGAACGUCUAUCCAGAGAUUAUCAAAAUGAUAUCUGUGAACCUAUUUCGAACGCUCCCGCCUAGUGAAAACCCGGACUUUGACCCGGAGGAGGACGACCCGACGCUCGAGGCAUCCUGGCCCCAUCUGCAGCUGGUGUACGAGGUAUUCCUACGCUUCCUAGAAUCGGCCGACUUCCAGGCGACCUUCGGCAAGAAGGUGAUCGACCAGAAGUUUGUGCUGCAGCUAUUGGAACUAUUCGAUUCCGAGGAUCCGAGAGAGCGUGAUUUUUUGAAAACCGUAUUGCAUCGUAUAUAUGGCAAAUUUUUAGGAUUACGUGCUUUUAUUCGUAAGCAGAUAAAUAACAUAUUUCUACGUUUUAUAUACGAAACGGAGCACUUCAACGGAGUCGGUGAACUGCUCGAGAUUCUGGGAAGCAUAAUCAACGGCUUCGCCCUGCCGCUGAAAGCGGAACACAAGCAGUUUCUGGUGAAGGUGCUGCUACCGCUACACAAGGUGAAGGUGUUAUCGCUGUACCACGCCCAGCUCGCGUACUGUGUGGUCCAGUUCCUGGAAAAGGACGCCUCGCUGACGGAACCGGUGGUGCGCGGGCUGCUCAAGUUCUGGCCAAAGACCUGCUCCCAGAAGGAGGUGAUGUUCCUCGGCGAGAUCGAGGAGAUCCUGGACGUGAUCGAGCCGCCCCAGUUCGUCAAGAUCCAGGAACCGCUGUUCCGGCAGAUCUCCAAGUGCGUUUCGAGUCCGCACUUUCAGGUUGCCGAGCGGGCGCUCUACUUCUGGAACAAUGAGUACGCGAUGUCGCUGAUCGAGGACAACAAUGCCGUCAUCAUGCCGAUCAUGUUCCCGGCCCUGUACCGGAUCAGCAAGGAGCACUGGAACCAGACGAUCGUGGCCCUCGUUUACAACGUGCUGAAAACGUUCAUGGAGAUGAACUCCAAACUGUUCGACGAGCUGACCGCCAGCUACAAGGCGGAGCGACAGAAAGAGAAGAAACGGGAACGAGAACGGGAAGAGCUGUGGAAACGGCUGCACGAGCUCGAGAGCGCCCGCCGACCCGAUGCCGGCGGAGUGAUAGCAGACGGCCCCGGCGGUUCCUCCCUAACGGCGGGUUCCGGGUCGCAGCUAAAUCCCAACGCGCUAUCAUCCGCCACAUCCACAUCGUCGUCCUCGUCGCCGUCGUCCGUUACAUCCGCUAGCAAUUUGGCCGGGGCCGGCGGAGCCUCGUCGCAACCACCGCCCCCGGGCUUGAUUACCAGUCACCAGCCUGCGUCAGCCUCCGCCACGACUCCCAAUGCCGCCACCAACAAUACCGCCGCAGCGCCGCUAAGCAAGUGAUGUACUGAAUAAUAUUACUUUUAAAGUCCCCUUUCCUAACAAAACCACAAGACCAUACUACAAAUGCCCCCCAUGGCCCGCUCCGCCCUGCCUUCCCUGCCUCACUACCCCGGUGUGUGUCACCUACUGGAAGAUGCAGCAGAAUAGCUGCCAGACCCCGCCUGCCCCCUCCCUUUUCGUUCUUGCACAACUCAUUCAUUGGUCAGACACAUUCUCUCACACACACACACAUCAUACACACUCACACGCGCACUUUGGAGGCGGCACAUUCACACACACAUACAUACAUACAUACACACACACUCACUCAAACGCAUCGGUUAGGCUAGUACACAAGAUCCCCUUUUUCUGUUGAACACGUUGGAACAAGCUGUUGGCUGAAUCCCUCAAAGCAGGUCGAAGCAGUUUAAGGGAGAAAAACGAAGGGAAUGGAACAUACUAACAAACACACACAUCCUUAGUGAAGCAACAUAAAAAAAUGUCAUAAGUUAAAAUAAAGGAGAAGUAUAAGACAACCAGACAAACUUUAAUCAAUUGUACGCUAACGAAGCAAAAAAAAAAACAAAAAGAAAACAGAAAAAUAAUAAAACAAUCCUUUUAUAGAAUGAAAUAGAACAACUAGCGAAAGCGCGCCGCGGGUGGCAAUUUCAAUGCAAGCUGUCUAUCAAUAACGAGAAGAUGAAGAAGAAAAAAAGUUUUAACACAAACACAAUUAGAAAACACAACAAGAAUGGCAGAAACCCACUUUGCGCGGAAUUUACAACGGAUAAAAGAAAAAGAAGCAGUAGAACCAGCCAAAAGCGCCAUCUUUUCACUGUCUUGCGAAUCAUUGGAGGAAGAAGGAAGCAGCAGAAAAUAUUCCCCUUUCACCGCCGAAUUCUCAAAUUCACACACACUCACUCACACUCACACAUUCUCACACAAAUAAAAGAAAAAGCAAACCAAAUCGACGACGACGCAUUAUACUCAAUAGUAACCGAAGUGUCAACAAAGCUGUAGUAAAUUAAUGAAAGUUUUCUCAUCUUCUCGAUGCACACAUCCACCGGGAGUCGCUGGAAGAAGAGAACUAAAAUAGGAAAAUGAUAGAAUGGAUUUAAACACUAGGGUAUUUUAGGUCACUUUAAAAAAAAAAUUAACGAUGGAUGGUGGAAUCGUGAGGUCCAACGACAACAACAGCAACCAAAACAGCACCCACACACUCGAACAAAGCAAACACAAAACAGCAUGUAGUGGUAGUAGUGGUAGUAGCAGUUUUUUCCAUUCGUUUUGCUUAAACGGGAUUUCGGCUUUGCACACAGAAAGCGCUUAUUUUUAAAGCCGUCGUAGUGAGGAAAAAAGAGUACCCUUUGGUUAUUUGAUGUUGUUUGUUGUCAAAUGCAGAGAUGAACUAGCCUACGGCUAAAAAUCUCUAGAAUAUAGUUUAAAGUGAGCUACGAUUGCGAGACUAGCAGGACCUUCCAAAUCACCAUAAUAUAUAGUAACAUUCCGAACACGAUGCCUCCUGUAAAAUGUGUAACGGUAAAUUGGCAAUGUUUGAGAAAUCAUUGCUCAGCAAUUUAUCGAUAGAUUUUAAAUCUAUUGAAACCAAAUAAAUCUUUAAAGUAUGUGGUUUUAAAUGGCGCCAAUAGAUUGGAAAUUCGUCAAUAAAUGGCUGAGCUAUGAUUUUUCAAACCUUGCAAGUUUGCCGUUACACAUUUAACCGGAGGUAUCGUGUUCGGAGUGUUAAAAAGGAAUAUGUUGGCUAUUGAUUGAUGACGUAUGGCCUGUGAAUUUGCCUCCAAUUUCGAAUCAUUGAGCACUCCGAAAAUAUUCAUAUUUACACCGAGAGCUGCAACGGUUUGCUAAAGUGAUGUACCCUUGUGAUUUCGGGCUUCCGGAUGUCAUUUCUGGUGGAAUUCUGAGGUGGAAGAUUCACUUUUGUCACUCUGUGCAUGCAGAGCCAAAGCCCUCAACACGAAUUACAGAUGAGAUACAACCU